AUGGAGGAAAACGAGGAAAAAGAAGAGGAGCACGAACAAGAUUUACAAGAAGGACCAGGGAAACUUUACGAACCAUGUAUCAAAAAUGAGGAUCUUGUCGAUAAGCUAAAACUGCUGGAUUAUGAAGAGGGAUUCCUGAAGAUGAACGCUGCAUUCAAGCCCAUUCACAGAUACUAUUUUGUGCAAUCUAAGAACGUUGGUGAGCAAUUCUUCAUGUUUACAUCACUAGCUGCUUGGCUAAUAAGGAAAAGUGGUAACGAAUCCUAUGAAAUGCCACAGGAGUUUGACGAUCCAAAUGCCACAAUCGCUGGAAUCAUGGGAUAUCUUCGAUCGAAAGUGAGUGGUAUUUUCUCAUUAAAAUAUUUAAACUUCAACUUUUUGUAA